AUGGGACGCAAAAAAUUUGUGGAUAAAGGCAAGGCUCAGACCUUUCACUUGGUCCAUCGUUCUCAAAGAGAUCCAGAAUAUUACAAUGAGGAAGCAACAGAACGUGUCUUGGUGCCUUCAGAGGAGCUGAAGAAAACAGGUCGCCAGUUGAAUCGUCAAGACUUGGAUGAAGAAUAUGGUGGCGCGGUGCGUUCAAAUGAAGGAGAAGCCGCUGCUUAUGGUGUUUUCUUUGACGAUACAGAGUAUGAUUACAUGCAGCACUUGCGUGGUAUGGGAAAUGAAAAUGCAACAUGGGUUCCAGCCCCUGCUGCAAAGGGCAGUGGCCAAAAGAAAAAGGAUGAAAUUGUCAUUAAAGAGGAAGAACCUUCUGUUUUGCCCGAAGAGGUGCUUCCUUCCAAAGAAGAAAUCGAAGCUAGUUAUCAAAAUCAGCAAAGUGUGCCGGAUACCAUCGCGGGAUUUCAACCAGACAUGGACCCACGCUUGCGUGAGGUGCUAGAGUUGUUGGAGCAUUCUGAUAUGGAAAAUGAGGAAAACACCGAUACAGAGGCAAAUUUGGACGUUGAAUUUGACAAUUUGCUUACGAGUGGAAAGGUAGCUGAAGACGAGUUUUAUCAACAACCACCAGAAGAGGAAGAGGAGCAAGAGUACGACGAGCAAGCUGCUCUAGCAGCUGGAAAGUCAGAGUGGGAGAUUGAAUUUGAUAAGUUUAAAAUCGAACAUAAGAAGCAACCACAAGCGGCUAGCAGUGACGGUACUUUCUCUGACGAGGACGAAGAAGAAGAAGGACGGGAUGAAGUUCCCGAGCUAGUGUCUACCCAAAAGGCCAAGCCAAGAAGAAAGGCCAAGACGGCACAAUCUUCCGGUUCCAUGUCAAGUUCUGCUCUCUUUCGCAAUGAAGGACUGUCUUUCUUGGAUGAUCGUUUCGACAAAAUCGAAGAAGAGUACGUGCCCAUGCAGCAUGACAGCGAGCUCCUUGAUCCAGAACAAAAAGAUGUUAACGACUUGAUCCAUGACAACCAAUUUAAUAAUGUUUUAGACGACUUCUUGUCGUCUUAUGGUUCCAACAUGGGCCGGAAGAAAGCUCCUUCACGCAUGUCGAAAUCGAAAAAGAAGGCCUCUAUGGAUCAACUUGAUAGUGUCCGUCGACAAUUGAGUCGUGCUCGAAUUUAA